GUAUUACUAUCAAUCCCAAGUUUGUAUAUAAUCAACCAUCGUCUGUGGUCCCUUGAAAAUCUACGAACCGUUCCAAGUGAGACAUUCGAUAUCACGCAAAUUAUCCUAGAGAUAAGAACUUCAGCUUUCAGUUUUGCACUAUUUUAAGUGAUCAAGCAUGUUCACUGAUCCGUUUCGAUGAUCAAUGGGCACUGUUAGUUUUUGACAAAUCCAUUCAAACUGACAUGGAGCUUCUGAAGUACUUGAAAUAUCCUGAUUAUUUAUACUGAAUUGGUGAGUUCGUUCUAUGUUAUCUCAUACUUAUCAUCAAUAUCGGAAGCAACCAAUAAGAAUCAUUUACUCGUAUACUUCUUCCUGAUAUGGUCCAAACAUAAAAGACCAUACCAUCAAUUAGAAAUACGCAAUAAACAGCCACAGCUUGCCAGCACAUCGAGCGACCCCUCGUCGGACCUGCUCUGUGCGCCCCAUCUCACGCACACAACUGCGCAGAUAAUCAAUGAAUUUCAUUCGCACACCAGUCCAUGGUUUCACGGUAUUGGUGCCAUCGCUAUCCCAGCCCAUGCAACGGAACGGGACGGCAUACUCCCUUAUUGAUGUGCUCCCUCUCGCUCCAACCCAUUCAGGUGAUUCGACGACGACGACGACGACGGACCAUGAAUGAUGAUGAUCGCGAAAGGGGCUGCCUGAUGGUCUCUCGCUCGGUCCACUCCACACUUGGAUCUCUUUUUCCUGUGUUGCUCGAACGCAGCAGAAGACGAUGCGGGAACGACAGCGACGACGGUGGACCUUCCUUUUGUCUUCCUUUUCGUCGUCGAGCAGCAGCAGCAGUAGCAGUAGCAAGUCCUUCUUCGGAGUCCCGGUGCAGUCGUGUAGUAGUCGUCGUCGCCGUCGUAGGGAACACUUUGGAACAAGUCGCGCUCUGGGUCGUUGGGUUUCCAUAGUUAGGAGAAAGUGAAGAAAGUGAGCCCCAAAGUAGCCCCCCGUUAGUGUGGUGUGACGUGAACGACGAGACCCAUCGCAGCAUUACUACCAGUGAGGUGAACCUAACCUAGAAAUUCGCUAUGAAGAAAACCAUCAUCAGCUGAAGCAAAUAUGGCGAGUCGAGUUUAUUGGAAAAAGUGAUGUGGAAUUGCGAGAAGAUUUUUUUUUUCGCUGCCCCACUCAACGACAGAUUCGACGAGAAGCAGCACACGAAAAGUGGAUUGACGGGUGAGGAGAAGAGACAGCAGACGGCUACACAACUUUGACAGUUCGGUUCACUGGAACCGCUGCUGCCGAUGUGGAGGAGAGGCUGCUGGUGCUGAAUAUAAUAUACAUUGUACAAGAGUGGAGUCAGUCGAGUUUGAGUGGAGAGGAAUGAAAAAAGAGCUAGUGACACCUCUUGUGCUGCUGUGCUGUGUUCCGACAAACGGAAGCAACUCCUAGGCAUACAAAAUGGAAGCAGCAGGUCCGGCAGAUUCUUCCGGAACCAAUACCUGAAGGCGUCGUCAACGGGGAACGAAACGCAUAUUUGAAAAAAAAAAAAUGGACGGCAAGGAACGACAAAGGUGUUACAUUUCCUCUCAUAGAUGUGCCUUAGGACUUUCAAGUGAAGACCUGUCAGACCGCGUUGAAUGAAGAAGAAACACCCAGCGCAGCUGCUGACUUUCAUCGACUUGUUCAAAAGAGCAUCCGAGAUAAACCGGGCAGCAGCAGCAGCAGUAGGAGGAGGAAGAGUGGAGCGAGCGCGGAGGCAAGAUUGAGGAACCCGGAGUGUGUGACAUAUAGGAACGCUACCAAACCUUCAAUGCUGCGACGACGACAUUAGCAGCGGUGGUAACUACAGCAGUAGCAGCAGCAGCAUGACAACCCCAUCCUCCACCCACUACAUACCAGUGGCCGGUCUAACAGGAGACAACAAUAGCGUAGCCAUCGGUAGUGGUAGCAACAACAACAACAGCAGCAGUACUAGUGGUAAUAGUAGUAUAGCCACCCAAAACAGCAGCAACACCAACAGUAGUGAGUUGUGCGGCAGUGGCAUCAUCAACAAUGGCAAUUCACCAGCGACGACGGCGGUACCGACGGUCGUUACGACCGUGGAGUCCACGAUGGCCAAACUUACGAUUACCAAUUCCUCGAAGGAUGUCGGCAGUGGAACCGGCAGCAGCGGGACGACAUCCGAGGAUAUCUACGUGUCGUGUGUGAAUCCAACCACCGGAGCCGGUUUGGUUAAAGUGGAUGAAUUAAGUAGUAAAAGCAUUAACAAAUACCACACGACAGUACCUGUUUAUUUUGUAACUCCUAUUAUCUGUUUACUUUGUCGGGACUACAUCUGGGGGCUCGGACUGCAAGGACGACAGUGUAGACAGUGUUGGUCGUGUUUCCACAUCAAGUGCUUACCGCUAACCGUUCACGAUAUGUGCCAAAGAAGUUUGCCCGACGUUUAUCCGAUGAUGCCGGCCAUCCACAGUACCGACAAGUCAAUUAACGAGUGGACGUCAGCGAACGUUUUGGAGUGGAUGGCAGCGAACAACCUGUACACCUACGCUGACGUAUUCAAAGCGAAAGAUAUAAAAGGCUGUGAUUUAUCGAACUUGGAUCGUGAUAAACUAGGACAAAUGGGUAUUAAAAAUGAAUUCCAUCAGCAAACAAUCCUAGCGUCCAUAAAGGAUUUGCUGACGAGUGCGGAGAAGCCGAUCCAAAGCGGUGGCUCGUUGCGGACCAUCAGCGGAGGCAGCGGGAUCGUGCUGAAGAGCGCCGGCGAGGACAGCAGUAGCCUCGAUCCGGCGUCCGGCGGGAAGCACUCGCACGACCUGGUGAACCAUUCGUUCUUGAAGCUGGUUAAAUGUGAUAAGUGUCAGCAGUACUUGCGCGGGCUGAUACAUCAGGGAUUGCUAUGCAAGCAGUGUAAUCUCAUCGUCCACCGGCAGUGUUCGGCCACGGGACUUAUGCCGUGUGCAGCGUUGGGGACGGCGAUGGACACCGGCGGCGGCGGAGGCGGAAGUCGAACGACGGUGCUGCCCACGAGCCGGAUCCAGCCGGUGUUCGGGGUCGGUCUGUGCCAUCAGUUCAACGUGGACCAGCUGCCGGCACCGCAGAUCGUCAUAAUACUCUGCAACGAGCUCGAGCAGAAGGCCCUGUGCGACGACAACCUAGAUCUGUACAAACUCUACCGGACGACGCAGUCCAGCUACGACGAGGUGAACAAACUGCGCGACUCGCUCAACGAGAAUCUGAUCAACACCGAUCUCAGCAACUACUCGCCCGAGUGCGUGGCCACGGUGCUGAAGAAGUUCCUCCGCGAGCUGCCCGAUCCGAUCAUUCCGGUUCUGUUCUACGAUAAGUUCAUCGAGGCCUCAAAAAUCACCAGCGACGCGGUGGCAGCCGAGACGCUGCGGUUACUCAUCCACGAGCUGCCCAUCCACCAUGGCAACACGCUCAAGCACAUCAUGGUCCAUCUGAUACGAAUCUGUCGAAUGCAGUGCCAGCGGGGGAUUGAUAGUCAACCGACGAUACUGAUACAAGUCUGGUGCCAUAUUCUGUUGCGUCCUCCCUGGGAGAAAAUUGUUCAAAUCGUGUCAAACACGGAAAACCACCUGCGGAUAAUGGAGUUGCUGUUGUACAAGAUCGAUUGGCACGAGAAGUUGCCGGAGUUUGCGUCGGCCCCGGCAGUGCCUCCGCGGAAGAUUUCUCGCAGCACGGCUGCGCUCCAGCAGCAAUCGGUGUCGCAACCCUUUCUGCAGCAAACCCUUGGUACUUCGACCUCUACUGCCUUCCAGGCGGCGGCAUCUGGCAGCAGUCUGAGGAAACAGCCAACAACAGCAACCAUCACGUCUCCGGCAGCGCCUGUGAUACCGUCGACCCCGCUGGUGGGGCCGAUCUACAAUAAUACCGGUAGCAGUGGUGGUGGUGGUUCCACCGCUUCCGGCGACACUCGGGGGACGGCCAUGUUCCGAAUGGUGGGCGACGCGGACACUCCGGCCGAUCUGCGGGCAGCCGAGUGGUACUGGGGCAACAUCAGCCGGGACGAGGUCAAAGAGAAGAUGACCGACGUGCCGGACGGAUCGUUCCUGGUGCGGGAUGCCUCCAGCGGAAACGGCGAGUAUACGCUCACGCUGAAAAAGGAUGGCACGGAUCGAGUGAUCAAGAUCUUCCACACCCAGGACAAAUACGGUUUCACGAGGGACGGCAGCCACAACAGCGUGGUGGAUCUGAUCAACUUCUACCGGAAUGUGUCCCUAAAGGAGUAUAACACAAUUCUGGACAUCAAGUUGCUGUACCCGAUCUCGCGGUUCGAAGACGAUAGCUAUAUCAGUAGCACUGAAGACGACACCCCUCGGCUUGCGCAGAAGUUCAUCGAGAUAUCGCAAUCGCUGAACGAGAAGCUGCACGAGCGAGAAAAGCUUCAGGAGGAUCUGACCAUGUCCAAGAACCAGGUCGAUUUAAAGAAACAAGCCCAGGAGGCGUUCAUCGAAGCGGAAAAGCUAUUCCAAGACCAGUUGGCGAUUCAGACCAGGUUUGUGAGCGAAGCACAGCCCCACGAGAAGCAGGGUAUCAGCACCAACAACAAGCUGAUCCGGGACCGGAUGCAGGAACUGAACCAGUGCCGGGAUCAGCUACAGGAAGACAUGAAAAACGAGAAAACCCGAAUCUGGCAGCUGGAGCGAGAAAUCAACAAGCUCAAUCCGAUCAUCAUGUCCCAGAGCAAGGAGAAGACCAGCUACAUCGAAGAGCUGAAGCGUCAGGGAAUCAACGAGAGCCAGAUCAAGCAGAUGGAGACCGAUGGGUACUUCUCGCACAGUCACGGCAGCCAGGAGAUGCCGCACAACGACGAAACGACCUGGCUGGCACCAACGUUCAACCGAACCGAUGCCGAAAAGGAGCUGGCCUCGAAACCGAACGGAACGUUCGUGAUCCGAACGGGGAGCGGCGGCCACUUUGCUCUCUCCAUCAAGUGCAACGAUACGGUCAAUCACUGUAUCAUCCAGCAGACGGAGCGGGGCUUUGGCUUUGCCGAGCCGUACAACAUCUACGAGUCGCUCAAGUCGCUGGUCCUGCACUAUGCCUCCAACUCGUUGGAGGAGCACAACGAUACGCUGCAGACGACCCUCAAGUAUCCGCUGUUGGCUACCGGCGGCGGCAGUAGCAGUAGCAAGCAGCAGUCUACCUAAGCAGCCCGAUUUUUUUUUUAUUUCUUCACUCGCACUUGGCCUACUCUGGUGCGGCGCGGUGCGCGGUGAUUGCACUUCUUCUUCUUUUUCUUUUUAACUAGAUGUAUAUGCCUCCACGUUGGGUAUCGCUUCUGUUACCAAGCACUCUUUUACACCGCUCUGUAGCUAGGAAGUUAUGAAAUACAAGCAUAGUUAUGUUGCUUUUUUGAGUAAAAACAAAAGAAAAUGGCGGACAAAUCUACGGCGAACUGCGAUUGCGGAUAGUCUUUGGAAGGUGAUUUGCGUGCGUUUGGUAUCUGGGAGCGGCUCUCGAUCGUGUAAGUUGAUUCUUAAUUGUGCAGCUCAUGGAAAUCCUUACGGUUUGGCUAUUCCUCUCUCGGAAAAUGUAAUCUUUCAGAAGGAAUUUACAAUUUACCCUCUCGGGGUAAUUUUUGACUAGCUCGUGUUACCCCUGGAGGUUGUUGGUUGUAGACUGUCCAGUUUGCAUGCUAAAGCUUUGGGAAAGCUCUUUAAAUCAGAAUCGGGAAACCUUUACUUCAGAGCUAGGCACUAAUACUUUUGAUUUAGACAUUUGACAGCACAGUGCAAUCUUUGGCGCGAUUUUCAAAGCAGGAAUUACUAAAAUACCCUCUCGGGGUGAAUUUUUCCACCAUGUGUUACCCCUGGGGGGAAUUAUUGCCAUAUGACAUCACAGUGCAAUCUACGGCGCGAUGGUCAAGCUAAAUUAAAAAAGUAAUGUUCCCUCAAGCAGGAAUUACUAAAAUACCCGCUCGGGGUAAUUUUGCCAAUAAUUUGUUACCCCUGGGGGGAAUUAUUGGUUGUAGAUUAUCAAAUUGACACGCUCAUGGUUCUCAGGUAAAAUAAAGGACCUUCGAAUGAAAUCAUAGGAUCAACGUGAGCGGUAAGGAUUUAUUAGAACGAUCGAGCAAUGUGGAUUUAUUCUAAGGAGAAAUUGCUACCACAAAACUGUACCCUCUGGGGGUUAUCGCGGAUUUUUUUUCUUUGGAGAAGACUCGUAUUAGAAAAGCUUUUGGGAUGCGAUCCUAAAAAGGUUCUUCAAUAAAUUUGGCAUUUGGGAUACUUCUCCGAAGCAUUUGGGAUGCCUUUUCUAAGUAUUUGAAACGCUUUCUGUAAGCUUUCGGGAUACUUUCGCAAAGCUUCCCUGAAGCAUUUGGAAUGCUCUUCUCAAGCAAUCGGUAUGUUCUUCCGAAGCAUUUAAAACGCUUUUGCGAAAGGUUAGGAAUGCUCCGAAGAUUUUGGAACUCUCCCCGAAGCAAUUGAAAGCAUUUGCGAUACUGCCCGAAACAAUCGGGAUACUUUCCGGAAGCAUUUGGGAUGCUUUCUCGAAUCUUUUGUAAUGCUUCCCUGAUGUAUUCAGAAUACUUUUUCGCAGCUUUUAGGCACUUUGACGAGGGAUUUAUGAUGCUUACUCGAGCAAUUUUGGAUUCGUCCAUGAGGUAUUUAGCCGUAUUUAUUCCGUAGCAUUUCGAUGCUUUUCCAAAACGUUACUUUUCCAGUACAAUGUCUACAUCACGCACGGAGAGAAAAAGCAAAAUUCUAGUCGCAAGAUGUCCACAGUCGCAGAAAUCGCGCAAUACUUCCAGUAGCGAAUAGAUUAACUCGAGCAAUCGGAGAGAAAAGAAACACGCAAAAAAAACGAAGAAAAGAAGAAUGUGUGGAACGGCAAAUGAGAAGAAAAAAAAAACAGCGAAGAAGACAAGUAAGGUGGGCGACACUAUGUGUAACUCGGUGACGAGGAAUGCAAAACGAAUGAGACAAGUAGACGUACUCUCGCAAACACUAACACACACACACACAGGCGCUUUCAGCGAUGUGAGACAAAAAUGAGAAUAAACAGGUCCCAGUUUGGUUCGGAGAGGCGAUGCGUCUCUCCGCGUGAGAAUAAGAAACAGAUCUUCUCGACUCAUACAUAUAUAUAUAUUAUUUUAAAGUAGCUUUUUGUGGACAGUUCUCGAUUGUAAUGUUUGCAAUUUGUAUAAAUUUAUUUGAUUAUUGUCUAUUGUUUAAGGAAUGAGUGUCUGAAGACGGAUGCGCGAGGUGAUGAGAGAGUGAGAGAAGGAAUGAGUGCGGUUAAUCGCAGCAAAAGAGAGUCUUUAAGCUCUGUUCAAUAGUUUUUUAUAUAUAUUUUAAAACUUACGUACCAAUAUAAGACAAGAGAUAUACCUUUUUCUUUGUGUGUAGAAGACGGUGAUCGGUCGGUAAUUAAUGACCGCGUAACGCUAUAAUACAUGUUACAGCAAACACACUUAUACACAUACAAACGUAGGCUAUAAAAAAAGAAACAAGCAUUACUACAACUACACAUACAUACUAGGAGUUAUAUCAAUUGAUUUAAUCAUUUUAAACUGUGUUAAUAAUUGUAAUUUGAAAGAAACAAUUCGUAGGUAGCAGAAACUGAAAUUCUGCGCAAUCUACGGAAACUUCGGAAAAUCAAAAUGGCAAAGGUGAAAAGCACGAAAACCGAACAGAGACAGAGAGAAAACAAAAAAAUCUAAGAAAAGAGCAACCAAUUUAAUAUAUUUCCGUAAUAGGACUAAAAAAGCGAUUGUGAAACAAAAGGAAACAAAGUAAAACAAAUAGUAAUCAAAACAACAGAAGAGUUUUUAACUUUAAAAAUUACUUAUAAACGAUACAGAUAUGAAGUUAUAUAGAAACCGUGAGCAGACGAAAAAUCCGCAAAACGAAACGAGAGAAAACGGAAAAAAGAACACAAAAAACGCUAAAAGUUUGUAAACAGUAGUAAGUUAAUAGGAAUACAAUAACAAAUUGGAAACGUGUUAAAACAAUAGGAACAAGGAAGCGAAAAGAGAACAAGAGAAAGGAUGUGGUACGACAACACGAACGAUUGUUUUCUCAAACACACACAUAUUGAUCGCUUGACGACAAAGGAAGUUCCCCGUUCGCUUGAUGAUGAUGAUGGCCGCCGUCUUUAGGAGGGUUUCACUUGAUUUGGUCCAACUUGUAGCCUCAGGCAGAAAACAGCUAAAGCAGCGUCAAAAGUAGAGAGUGUAGUGAUGUGUGGUAGGAAAACGGAACAAACGCAAUAGUAAUUCGGCAAACCGUGUCAGAGUUUCAGAGGUCCAAUUUUAGCGUGGCGGGAUUUUUUUUAGGAAAGGAAUAACGGAAGCAGUCGGGCUUGGAGAUAGAGACAGGAAGGUGACAGAAUUGGGAUCGCAAUGGCUACGGGCGCGUAGAAUGGAACAAGAAAUUAGGUUGAAAUUUGGGCAGCAGGAAAAAUGAAGGUACUAUAAGCAAUUGUACGUGUGUUAUCGGAACUCCCACCUAAAGAAGAAGAAGCAGAAGAUGAACGGCGAAAAGACGAAAAUCACACCAACUUCACCACCAAUCAUCUUAGUAGGCCACUAAUCGAAGAUCAUCUUUCCUAACACUCGCUCCUUCUGACCAACAAUGGUACCCUUUUGUUUCACUGCUAUCGAUUGGAAUGGCUCUUGUUUUACCAGAAAGAGUCAUUCGAGUGGAAAUGGAUGGCACAGCGAUUUAUCUACCAGAAUGUUGCAACACAAAAUGCAUUGCAAAUGCUUCCCAGAAGCAUUUGGGAUACUUCCCAGAAGCAUUUGUGAGGAGGCUUCCCAGAAGCAUUUGGGAUGCUUUCCAAAAGCAUUUGGGAUGUUUUCCAGAGGCAUGUGGGGUGCUUCCCAGAACCAUUUGUGAUGCUUCACAGAAGCAUUUCGAAUGCUUCCCAGAUUCAUUUGUGAAUGUUUUCCAAAAGCAUUUGGGAUGCAUCCCAGAAGCAUUUUGUGAUGCUUCACAAAAGCAUUUGGGAUGCUUUCCAGAAGCAAUUGGCAUGCUUCCCAGAAGCAUUUAGGAUGCUUUCCAAAAGCAUUUGGGAUGCUUCCCAGAAGCAUUAGAGAUGCAUUCAAGAAGCAUUUGGGAUGCUUUCCAAAAGCAUUUGGGAUGCUUUCUAGAGGCAUUUGGGAUGCUUCCCAGAAUCAUUUGUGAUGCUUCCCAGAAGCAUUUCGGAUGCUUCCCAAAAACAUUUGUGGGUGUUUUCCAAAAGCAUUUGGGAUGCAUCCCAGAAGCAUUUAGGAUGCUUCCAAGAAGCAUUUGGGAUGCUUUCCAAAAGCAUUUGUGAUGCUUCCCAGAAGCAUUUGGGAUGCUUCCCAGAAGCAUUUGGGAUGCUUCCCAGAACCAUUUGGGAUGCUUCCCAGAAGCAUUUGGGAUGCUGCCCAAGAGCAUUUGGGAUGCUGCCCAAGAGCCUUUGGGAUGCUGCCCAAGAGCAUUUGGGAUGUUUCUCAAGAGCAUUUGAAAUGCUUUCCUGAACCAUUUGGGAUGCUUGCCAAAAGUAUUUGUGAUGCUUCCAAGAAGCAUUUGUAAUGCUUCCAAGAAGCAUUUGUAAUGCUUCCUAGAAGCAUUUGUAAUGCUUCCCCAAAGCAUUUGUAAUGCUUCUGGUAAGCAUUCGUAAAGCUUCACAGAAAGCAUAUGGGAUGCUUUCUCAAAGCAUUUGGGAUGCUUUCUCAAAGCAUUUGGGAUGCUUUCUAGAAGCAUUUGGAAUGCUUCCCACCCAGAAGCAUUUAGAAUCCUUCCCAGAAGUAUUUUCUUAGGGCUUUAGGAUGUUUUGCACCAUUUGGAAUGCUCUAAAACAUUUUCGAAGCUUCGUUAAAGUAAUCUCGAUGCUACUUUGAAGCAUUCGUAAUGCCAUUUUCUCCAAGGUAAUCCCUGCAGACGAAUCGCUACCUUCCAUCUACUACUGCUACAACAACCAAGCAGCCUAUUAUGUGUCCUUUUCGGUCCACCCGCACCACCACCACCACCACUAUCAUCAACUGUCUCCCCCUUUUUGUAUGUGAUGCAUAGGAAGGCAAAGGCGCGUAAGGUUAUAAACGAAAGAAAACUGAAACCAACACAUGUGAAACAUGUACAAAUUAAUAUUAGCAACCUACUCUUAAAUAAGAACGCGGAAGAGAGAAAAAAGAAGAAUAAAAACAAAUCGAACAAUACAAACAGUAAACCUUUCUAACCUAUAUUUUUCUUUGUCCCUGUAUAAGGUAGUCGUGUGUAAUAGAUGUGUAAUACGUAAAAUAUGACGAGAAGAAGAAAAAAAGUCUAAAAAUCUCUAUGAGAGAGGACAAAAAGUAAUCUUUAUAUAUAUAUUUCGAUACCUAAAAUAAAAAGAAUGAGAAAAAACAUGUGUAAACCAUUACUGUGUAGAUCUUUUAAGUUUUCUAAGUCGUCCCCUACAGGAUAAGUCAUAUAUGUUUUCUCUCAUUUGGUUCGACAUUUUCGCCUACGAAACACCUUUUGAAGAACCCCCCGUUUCAUUCACCCACUAACAAAGCAUUAAACACUCAUUUAGCAAUCAAAAUAUAACCGUCACAAAACAAAAACACACACACAGACAUACUAACACACACUGAAACAAAAAAACAACCAACAAAACAAAAGCAUAUAUGAUAAAAGUAAAAGUUAGUAGUUACAUAUAAAACAUAAAAUACAAACAAAUCGAAAAAGAUAGAGCUGUGGUCGUCGUUUUUACUAGCAUUUUUUAAUUUUCAAAUUGACAAAACAAACAAACUAAUUAUAUAUAUUGUGAAAUAAAAUAAAAAACGAAAUGAGAAUGUGAUGAUUUUCGAACAGUGAUAUUGGAAAGAUUAUGGCAGAAUGCCAGAGGCAGGCGAUAGGCGAAGAGUACGCGGAGACGAAGGGAAUGGCAAUGAAGCAAACGAUCGUACAUGCAGAAAAUACACAUAUUUGUUGCGCGGGAAAGUUGAGGAAAACGGAAAUCGGAAUGAAAAGAGCGGAACGGAAUGGUUAGGUUCAAUAUUACAAUUACAAAACAAACCAGAAACAUGCAGUGUUAGAAUAGAUAGGUGUUAGAGUACCAACAAACAACAAAAUACACAAGUCAUCUCUUCUUGUAUAAUCGAGGAUCGUCUUUUUACCGAGGAAAUAGUGUAGAAAGCUACGUACUAGAAAGACACCCAUCUUCAUUUUCUACGGAAACUUACCAACACUUUCACACACAAUACAAGCACUCACACACACGUUACAUAACUGACAGACACACGGAAAAAUAAAUGGACACAAGAUAACAAUAUUACCUCUAUUAUUGCAUACACAUACAAGAACAAUGAGAGAGAAAGAGAAUGGCAAAACGCAAACGAAGUAUGGACUUAUUUGUAUACAGACACAACCGGAAACACCUACUCACCAACACACGCAUAUUUAACCAACAGAUAGAAAACACAAACGAAAGAGAGAAAGCAAAAACGUCGAACGCAGCAAUUACAAAUAACAACAAACAACAACUGUCGACAACCACCAACCAAUCUGAAUUUGUCAUCACUCAAAACACAAUCGUGUGUAUCAAGAGUCGAAGCAGUCAUAAACCAGCACUGAUGAAGCGAAAGCGAACACACACAGUCAAGGAAGGCCGAACACUUUUUCGGUUAUUGGUUCGAAAUUUCAUCAGAGAACAAUCGAAAAACGAAAAUACAAUGGAACACUAGAAAUACUCGUACCACACAAAUAUGGAUGAAAAAAAAAACAAAUGGAAUGUCGAAGAGAGGAAUGGGAAUUUUCCGCUCCAUACAAAACGGAACAGCAAAAAUACCACUUGAGAGUGAAAGGAAACAGAAACAAAAAGCAGAACAGAUUUGGGUAAAACGUAAAGCUUGGAGAACAAAUUGCAAACAAAAAACGUUAAAAUGUAGAAAUCAGAGAUAAAAAAAAAAACAAAACAAAAGAGAACCGAAGGAGGAAACAAGUUGUAUGACAAAACAAAACAAAAAAAAAACCUACAAAACAGAAAAAUAGUUCUAUGUGAUUGAAUGUAAAUACAUUUGUAUUAUAUAAAAAAUGAAUAUGAAAAGUGA